GGGGUUCCUCUCUCUCUCGGCCACCCUCAUCCACGGUGACCCAUUUUAAAGUGUAUUUCCUUCACUAAGGAGGCGAGAAAAUGAUAUAGAACGCUAGCAAAAUAAGGUUACCUCUAGUGUCAGGAGAUACAAGCACAAUUGUUUUUAUAACAGUGCGCUUUAACGAUUAAAUUGUUGAUAUCUAUGAAUUCAAUAAGAAAUAUAAAUGAAUUCAUCGAUUUUUAAAGCUUUACGAUUAAUAAAUAAUUUAGUUAAAAGAUGUUGUAAAGAUGUUUACAGUGUGUUCCGUGUAGGCCCGUGGUCCUGCCGUGGGUGCGUCCGCAGGCUCUCGUCACUGGUUAUAAUUGGCAUUCAUGACUCUGGGAAUCCGUUUACUGCAGUUUUUUAUAAUUUCACAUUGUCCCUGAGAGCUUGGCGUUGGUGUCCCUCUGGCUAAUAUGCCCGCCACGGCGCACACCUCGAGGGAAUGAGGAAAUAACUCGGAUUUCCGCAGGAGCUGAAAAUACACAUAAGAAGCAUUAAUCACUACCGUCACCAUGAAGUCUCCGUCCUCUAGCUCGCAGAUCACCAAGCCAUGGGUGGAGUUCAUGCUUACUGAGUAUGAGAGUAAAAAAAUGCCAAAAGCCACAGUUAGUGUAUCAACGUACAGCAUAAGAAAUGCUACAAAACCAGGAGAAAGCUUUAAUGCGGAGCUUAUCCUUCUCGAUGUUCAAGCUGUGGUCAGUGGGGAGAAUAGGUCUGAGGAAGCUCAAGAAGAAAAGGAGUACAAUCUUGUUGUCAAAUUUUUAACGGAAGAUCCACUCUCUUGUGAGCUCAUAAAACGUUGUGGCUACCAUAUAAAGGAACUCAUGAUGUAUUCUGAAGUGGUAAAGGAAUUAAACGACUUUCAAGCCAUCCACGCUAAUGAUGAAUUUCGCUUGUUUCUCCCAGAAUUUAUCUAUGGCAAGUGUACCGAGAAAGAAUAUGUGUUGGUGAUGGAAAAUAUCAAGGUAUCAGGGUAUGAAACAAAUCCAAAAGUACAGGGUUUGGACUUUCAACAUGCCAAAUUGGCCGUCAAUCAUGUUGCCAGGUUACAUGCAGUCUCUUAUGCAUAUGACAAAUCUCAUAACUUUUUAGAGAAGUAUCCUUGCUUCCAGUUUAGUAAUGCCAUAAGUACAUUUUUUAAACCUGUUGUGUGGGCUACCCUUGCAAAUUCUAUCACAUUUUUAAAAAGCAGAAAGACUUAUGAAGACAUGGUUCAUAAACUAGAGACAGGUAAAACUACUCUUCCACUUAAGUUUGCAGCAAUGUGGGAUGAUCAGACAAGACACAAGUUUCUUUGUCUAACACAUGGAGAUUUCUGGAAUAGUAAUCUUAUGUUCAGACAUGGAACUACAACACAGGAUGGUGAGAAAUCCAUUGAGUCACUGAAGCUAAUCGAUUGGCAGAUUGCUCAGUGGAACAAUCCUGUGUUUGACCUUCACUACUUAAUCAACACCUCAACUUCAUAUGAAAUGAGGAGAGACCAUGUUGAAGAGAUUCUAAGACACUACCAUACAACUUUUACUGAAGCAACAACGAAGUUGGGUACUCCUGUGCCCAACUGGAAUUAUGAACAGUUUAAGGCAGAAUUUGAAAGAACAUCUCUUGUAGGGUUUCUCAUGGGCAUGUGCCUCAUACAAGGAACACUUAGCAAGGCUGGAGAAAAUAUUAACCAUGCUGGUUCAACAUGUCUUAAUAAUGCAUGCUGUCGUCCCUGUAAAUUUGUUGUGGAUGCGAUAAAGACUGCAAUGGCAAAAGUUAUUGUAUCUUUUGCCUUUAAGCCUUCUUCUUCUUAUGUCAUGCGAGCAUGUGUUAAGAGAGUUUUAAGACCUAUUGGUAGGGAAUUGGUAGAGGGCAGCAAUGAGGUUCUCAAUGGCAGGCUUCUAGACCUGCUGAUAGAAGCAGACGAGAAGGGUGUGUUGGAUGUCCUGACUUUAUAAGUGAUAAAGAUGAACUGAAGUGCAGACCACAAUAGUGGGUUAUACUCUGCUUACUGUCUUUCUUAUCAUUCAGGUGACUCCUUUUCAGGAUGUUAGCAGAUGAAAUGCAUUUCUUAAUACGUAGGUGAAAAGAUUCCUAUUUUUAUAUCUUUUAUCAGAAAAGUGUUCAUAGGAUAAAGAUGAAGUUAGCAGGUUUAUACAUGUAGUUGCUAGGAGAGUGGAUAUCAGGGAGUUUUAAUGCUGCUUUUAUAUUAUAGGUCAGUACAGUAUUUCAACCCAUCGUCCAACACUGUUAAUACCUAUAGCUACUAUAGAUGGAAUGUGCAAAAUCUGAACGGUUGCUCUCAAAUCAAAAGUUCACAUAUUGGAAUUCUAAAGGAUAUAAUAAAACCCAAUACAGAUUAACCAUAAACCUUACUUGUCCAAGACUUAAAUUAGCAAUCCUAGGCCUAACAUAUACAAUCUCAGAUGUAAUUUAGUACUUUAUGUACUAUACUAGGCCUAGGAAAAAUUAGGUUUGGUUGGUUUGCCUUCUUUCUCUGACCCCUUCCAGAAUGGGGAGUUGUUUUUCAGUGCAUCCCUUCAUAUUGUAUACAGUCCAUCUGCAUACACUAUAGGUCUUAUCAUUUUAGAUGAGAAGUUGCAAUAUUUGGAAGUAUUACGGCGUGCGAGAAAUGUUUAAAAAUUCCAGUCACGUUUAUGCUUAUAUUGCCAUGACAGAUCAUAUAAAGGUUACCUGACUUUUAUACAACUGUGCCUCUUGUGCUUCCUGUAAUGAAUCUGCCAUAAUAAUUAAUGCCUUUACAAAAUUCAAAGUUACGAUUAAUUAUAUUCUAUUACAGAUUGUAUUUGCUUACGAAGCUCAGAUGUUUCAAAACAACAAUAUAAUAUACUGUACACAUCAAAAUUGCUCACUUUAUUAAUGAGUUAUAUUACAUAAAGAAAAAGGUAAUUUUUGCUAGAUUAUAUAUUUAAUAUACUGUAGAGUAUUAGCUUGCAAAGACAGCCUUGUAUAGAUACUUUGGUGUAACAACAAACUUAAAAUUUAGGUUAUAGUUUAAAUGUGACAUUUACAUUUGGAAUGUAUGUUGAAUAUGAAGUAUGUACACCAUUAGAAUUUGCUAAAUAGGCAAACUCCAUGUGAUGUCAUGGCAGCUUAUGUUAAGAGAAGGGAUUUUAGGCAUUAAUGUUUUAAAGCACUGAGCUAUGAAUAUCGAAUUCUGAAUGCAGAUUAGUGUGAUGAUAGGUAUUAAUUUCUCUGAUUUGUAAUACGUUUCUGAUAGACUGAAAUGUAUGCGUAAUUUUUAUUUUUAUUCCUAGUUAUUGUUUAUGCAUUUUGAUAUAUCCGUAAUCAAGCAGUUGUUCGUGCUCUCUCUCUCCCUCUUACUUACCAUAGUUGAUAUUUAUUGUGUGGAAAGUUUGACUGUAAACUGUGGAGAUUGUUAGGCCACCUUGCUCACUGGAUAUAUUGGACAGACACACUUGUCUUAUUGUGUCUGCAAGAGUUGCAUGCUGUGUUCGCUAUGUAAAGAACUGCUGGCCAUGACAGGUGUUGAGCUAGACUGCUUACCAAAAAUUGAUAAAUCAUAGAAACAGGUUUUUUUUGCCCAAGAUUGUGGAUGGUCUUGUUACUGUAAACCAGUAAUCAAUUGUUAUCUUUAUAUUUUAAAACCAGCAAAAAAUUUAUAUACAGUACUGUAUUUGGUGUCCAGAUGAUUGUAGUUCUUUAUUUCGAUAUAAAUACAGUCAUGCUAGCUUGGCACCUUUUGAUAAUUACUUACUUAGUAUUAUAAAGCAAAAUUUAUAGUGUAAAAGCAAUGCCUUGUUGCCAGUUCUAAAGUAGUUUAUAAAGAUAUAAGGCUCUUUGUUUUCAUGGUAUUAAAAUAACAAAUACAAUGAAAAGCUGGUUGGUACAUUUUUGUUAGGUGUUGUGCAUCAUCAGGCAUCCCUGGUAUGGAUGUCUUUUUUUUUUUUUUUUAACACAUUUGUGUCAUUCACAAAGGCAUAUCAGCCUUACUCUUUCAAGACUUGGGCAUUUGGUGCAAGGACGGUCCUAUAUUACUAUUGGGCCAUGCAGCUCUCUGAUGGCAGAGUUUAUAUCACUUUUACAUUUAAGGGAACUUAAGCAAUACAGUGGCACCUCGACUUACGAUUGCCCUUACUUACGAAUUUUUAGUUACGAAGCAAAUUUUGUUAGAAAAUGUGACUCAACUUGUGACGAUCAUGCUUGUAAAGAAUUUAAUUAUU